AUGGCCAAUAAUCAGACUGGCCAGAAUCAUAAACGUACAUAUUUGUACGUGUUGCGGCUACUUGGAUAUGCUGCUUCAAGUUAUAUCGUCAUUAGAGGGCUGGCAUCACUUGGUCUGCCUCCAUUCGCGUCAUUAUUUGCUGCUACCCGACGCAAAUUGUCAAUUGAGGAGGAAUAUGAGCGGCUAUUUAAAGGAGACUUUGAUUAUAUCGUACUUGGUGCUGGAUCAGCUGGCUGUGCUCUCGCAUCUCGCCUGUCGGAAGAUCCAAACUGCAAAGUGCUACUUCUUGAAGCUGGACCCGAUUCAAAAGACAUGUUGGCAGUCAAAGUACCAGGACUCUUUACAUCUCUGCUAGGAAAUUAUACAACAGAUUGGAAACUCGCUACAGUCCCACAAAAGGACACGUUUUCUCGAGUUCACAGCCUGGCUCGAGGAAAGCUAAUGGGUGGCUGUUCUGCUGUUAAUGCGACCGUUUGGGUCAGAGGUUCACCUGAGGACUUUGAAGAGCUUGAACGUGACUAUGGAAAUAAAGGAUGGGGAUGGGACAUUAUGAAGCGCAUUUACGAGAGAGUAGAAUCGGUGCAAAUCCCAAAAGAUCAUGUGGGCGGUGGUCGUGGAUACGACGGAGCAACGAAAAUCAGCCAUUCAACAAACAAUCGUCCGGCUGCCCUCCAUUUCAAAAUGGUUGAAUGUGCAAAUGAAGCUGGUAUUGGAUCAUCUCCAGAUGGUACCAGUGACACGAAACGUCAAGUGAGAUUAGAUCACAAGACGUUUGGUGUUGAUUACAACUCGGAAAACCAAUUUGGGUCAGGGAUCUUACAGUCGAAUGUUCACAACGGAGAACGACAGUCCACAGCACAUUCGUACAUCUAUCCAUACACCAAUCCCAAGUUGGCCAACUAUAGGCCGAAUCUUACUGUCUUCAGCGGCGUCCAUGUUCUCAAAGUACUCUUAGAACCAAAUCCAAAAACGGGCAAACUACGCGCUGACGGUGUUGUGGUCAAAAUCAGCAAAGACACGACCGGCACAGAGCGAAAAAUUCGUGCUCGGAAAGAUAUUAUUGCCAGUUUGGGAAGUAUUGGAUCGCCUCAACUCUUAAUGCUCAGUGGAAUUGGACCAAAAGAACACCUCAAAUCUGUUGGACUUCAAUGUUUGAAGGACCUUCCAGGUGUCGGUGAGAACUUGCAAGACCAUCUUUUCAGCUGGUUGCACGUCGAGAACUUGGACAAAACUGUCUACACGCCCCGUCGAACAAGUUUUCUGCUUUGGUCUCUACUCGAAUGGAGUUUAUUCCGAACUGGCAUGUUUGCUGGUAACGUCAUCCUUGAAAGCGGAUCCUUUUUCAAUACCAAGAAAUACGUUGAACGGCAAAAGAAAGUCAAGAGGACACGACCGCCGCCUCCGAAUAUACAGUUUCAUAUGGGAGGGUCAUUCCAAGGAGAUCCAAACUUUGUUGGCAUGUAUUCAUCGGCCGUGGUUGAACCGUUUGCUGGCUCUCCAAGCGGAUUUGAUGCUGAGAGGGCGAUGUCAGAGUCCAUGUACCUGUCGCGAGAUCAAAUGAGCAAAGUGCCAGAUUCAUCGACAAUCUGGGUCACAUUCAUCAAACCCCAGUCUCGUGGAACGGUCCGUCUCCGUUCUGCCAAUCCGUUCGAUAAACCAAUCAUCGAUCCCAAAUACGUCAACCAUCCAGACGACAUUGAGGACUUUGCCGAUGGAUUUGAAGACGCUCGUCGAGUAGUCGACAAAUUACAACAAAAAUACCCACUUACAUUUGGCCGUGAAGUUCACGACGCUUGGAUUGUGAACGAACUGCUACGUGUGCAUCCGGAAUGGAGUCGAGAGAAAGCGGCGGCUUCAAGAGAGUAUAUUAAGGCGUACAUUCGUUUGAGUUGCCAGAAUAUAUCACACCCUACAGGAACCUGCGCCAUGAAAGCUGAAGCUGCUGGUGGUGUCAUCGAUUCAAAGUGUCUGGUUUAUGGGACUGAGAACUUGAGGGUAGUUGAUGCAAGUGUGUUCGUCAACAUCCCGGCAGGCAACACCAACGCUCCAACUAUAGCUGUGGCUGAGCGAGCAGCAGAUAUUAUCAGGGGGAUUUAG